GAAGUUUAUGUGAAUGUUGUGGAGAAAAAGAAACUGUAGCGCAUGUCAUAUUUGAAUGUAGAAGGUAUAUACAUGAGAGAAGGGAAUUAAUACAAUAUUUAAACAAUAAUGGACAUAAAGAUAGUGAGUUGGAGUAUCUAUUAGGAAGAGAGGUUAAUAGAGAUAGGUUAAGAUACAGGGUUUUAAUACAAUACAUGUACAGUACAGGUUUCAGGGAUAUAAUUUAAAUAUAUCAAAGAACAGAUUUGUGUUGUAAUGUGUCAGUCUGGAUGCAGAGGGACUCAGUGUAGCUGACACAUGGGUCCUGAUGGAUCUACACUUGAUUUUAUUUUUUAUUUUUUAAGGGAUUAAGAGAAAGGCAUGGAAUGCGAUGCAUUACACUGAACAGUAGGUGGCGGCAUGUGCUCAUGACACCAGUCCUCCAUUAAAAUAAAAGAAGAAGAAAACCCGGAAGUGCUGUCGGUCCGUCCAGUGUGAAUGUGCUGCUGUUGAAAAUGAGCUGUGUGUGCAGGUGUUGGUGUGUGUGAGCGAGACAUGGUUCCUGAACAUGGACCGCAGCAGAAAAGCUUGUCGCAGCCGCAUGACAGCGCAGGCGAGGUGGACGGAUCAUUCUUGUUUGAAGCUCAGGAGGCCUGGAAAGAUUUCCAUCAUUCUCUCUGGCAGUUCUAUGAGAACGGAGAGCUCUGUGACGUCACGCUGAAGGUGGGGAACAGAUUGAUACCAUGUCACAAACUCGUUCUGGCCUGCGUCGUGCCGUACUUCCGUGCCAUGUUCCUCUCAGACAUGGCCGAGGCCAAACAGGACCUGAUUGAGAUCCGCGAUUUCGACGCCGACGCCAUCCAGGACCUGGUGCGCUUCGCCUACUCCUCGCGACUGACGCUGACGGUGGAUAACGUUCAGCCGCUGCUGUACGCCGCGUGUAUCCUGCAGGUGGAGCUGAUCGCACGCGCCUGCUGCGAGUACAUGAAAGCUCAUUUUCACCCGUCGAACUGUCUGGCGGUUCGCACGUUUGCAGAGAGUCACAACAGAGUGGAUCUGAUGGACAUGGCCGACCGUUACGCGUGUGAACAUUUCAGCGAGGUAGUGGAGUGUGAAGAUUUCAUCAGUGUCUCUCCGCAGCACCUGAAAACGCUCCUGUCCUCCAGUGACCUCAACAUUCAGUCUGAAACUCAAGUGUACAACGCCGCCGUGAAGUGGCUCAAAUCGAACCCCAAACACCACGACAUCUGGCUCGAUCAGAUCGUGUCUCAGGUUCGUCUUCCUUUGCUGCCAGUGGAUUUCCUCACGGCUACCGUCGCUAAAGAGGAAAUGAUCAAAGCCAACUUGAACUGCAGAGACCUUCUAGAUGAAGCCAGGAAUUAUCACCUGCACCUCAGCAACAAGAGCGUUCCGGACUUUAAAUAUUCCGUCCGUACGACACCACGCAAACACACCGCAGGUGUGCUGUUCUGUGUGGGGGGCCGGGGCGGUUCUGGCGAUCCGUUCCGCAGCAUCGAGUGUUACUCCGUCAGUAAAAACAGCUGGUUCUUCGGGCCUGAAAUGAACAGCAGACGGCGACACGUGGGCGUGAUUUCAGUGGCAGGGAAAGUUUACGCUGUCGGAGGUCAUGACGGCAACGAGCACCUCGGGAACAUGGAGAUGUUUGAUCCGCACAUUAAUAAGUGGAUGAUGAAAGCAUCGAUGAACACAAAACGGAGGGGGAUCGCACUGGCUGCUCUCGGGGGUCCCAUCUACGCCAUCGGUGGUCUGGACGAUAACUCCUGUUUUAAUGAUGUGGAGCGUUAUGAUAUCGAGUCGGAUCGCUGGAGCGCCGUCGCCCCGAUGAACACACCCAGAGGAGGCGUCGGGUCUGUGGCGCUCGGGGGUUAUGUUUAUGCAGUUGGUGGAAAUGACGGCGUUGCGUCGUUGUGCAGCGUUGAGCGGUUCGAUCCUCAUCUGAACAAAUGGACGGACGUGAGAGAAAUGGGCCAGCGACGCGCCGGAAACGGCGUCAGUGAGCUCAACGGGUGCCUUUAUGUUGUCGGUGGUUUUGAUGAUAAUUCUCCAUUGAGCUCCGUCGAGCGGUUUGAUCCCAGAAUGCACCGCUGGGCGUAUGUUGCGGAGUUGACCACGCCCAGGGGUGGAGUCGGUGUUGCCACAGUGAUGGGGCGUGUCUUUGCAGUGGGCGGGCACAAUGGAAACAUUUAUCUGAAUACAGUGGAAGCGUUUGAGCCCCGAAUGAACAGAUGGGAGUUGGUGGGCUCUGUGUCUCACUGUCGGGCCGGCUCAGGGGUCGCCGUCUGUUCCACACACAUCAGUCAGAUUCGAGAUGUCGGUCAGGGCUCCAGUAAUGUCGCUGACUGCAUGUAGCCGUAAUGACGUGAUACCAGUUUACUUGCUAACUUCAACCUGGAAACACCCGGCGUAUCUAUCUGAUCACUCCUCCUGUAUGAUGGUGAGAUUUACUGGAUCUGAAUGUGUCUGAAGUUCUCGAGAGAUCAAUGGACGACACCGGCAGCUCAUCGUGUGAGGAUUUCUUGUGUUUAAGAAGCACUUUAUAUGCUUAAAAAUCUCACAGACUAUUUUGUGACUUCAAGACACUGAAUGAACAGAUUCUUGGCAGUGUGUAGCCGUGGUGUUUGUUUGCGAGUGUACAAUCAUAAACACGUUAAAGACGUGUGAGCACUGCAGGAACACGUUCAGUAUGUGACAGAUUUAGUGACUUAAUUAAAGUGAUUCUUCCAUUCUGACUCACGUUUAUGAUAUAAAGUAUUGAAUUAUAUAAACUAUAUUCAUAUAGCGGGUCUGUAAAGCUGAAGAAAUCACAGAUGAUUUUACGGUUUCUGUUUUUAACGGGACUCUGCAGAAGUUCUCGUGUGUUUUUAGCUUUUGAUUUGUGUUGAGAGAAAAGAUCUCGUGUUUUUCACUGCCAAACUAGAGGUUAAACUGCAGUCUGAAAGAGAAGCUCCGACAGGAUUUAUGCCGCUUUUGUGUAUUAAUAUAUGCUGAUUUUUUCAGGGUGGAUUUUAUUGCAUUUGCUUUUAUGUAUGAUGUAUUUACUGCUCCAUCUUUGGCCAUAUUUAAAGAACAGUUGAUUGGACAUGCAGUGAGUUUUUAUAGAUAAUCUUUGUGUUUUCAGUAUGAUGAGUCUUAUCUGAAACCAACUUCAGAAUAUUAAAUAUUAGAUGUGUUCAGCUGAUAUUGAUGCUGUCUUUGUGUAUUCUGUGACAUAUGAAAUAUAUUUGAGAACUGCUGUUAAAAUGUUGAUAUGGUUGAAAUAUAUUUUAUAUUAGAAAAUACAGACUUGAACGUGAUUUUAUACAGUUAUAACAGGCACAUAAAAAUCUCCAGACAGGCUCAGAAUGCAGUUUAAUCUGAUUUAAAUGCAGUUUAUUUGACAUAUUUCUUUAAACUAAAGUUAACUAAAGGCUUUUGUGUUUUCAUCCAUCUGUAUGUUUAAUGUUUUGCUCAACAUGAAUUUAUUUCAUUCAGAUUUUCCUUGUGCGAGUAAAUCUUGAUCUAUUGUUGUUUAUUUUCUUGAAUUAAAUAGUCACAAACA